AUGCGCUGUGUCGCUCUCGAGGAGCAAGAGAAUGCGAUCGCGCGCGUUGUUCUUCACUGCCGGAGCUCCGGAGGUGAGCCAACGCUCGCGCGUCUCUCCGAUGGUCCUCGCCACCGGUGGAGCUGCUACCUGGGCAAUCAGGCCUAUGGCCGGUUUGGCCGCCCCGAUCGAUCCUGGGGCGCGUUUGCGGCCAUGGAGCAGCGCAAUCUCUUCUCCUGGACGAUUGCAAUGGCGGCGCUGUCCCAGAGUGGGGAGAUCCAUUGCGCCAAGGCGGUGUUUGAUCUCAUGCCAAUGAGGGAUCUCUACGCCUGGAACGUGAUGCUCUCUGCAAUCCACGAGAACGAUUCGCUGGAUGCCCUGGUGGAUGCUUUCACGAGAAUGCCGGAGAGGGAUCCAGUCUCGUGGAACGUAAUGGUUACAGCAUUUGCCCAGAACGGGCAAAUGCUCCAAGCCAUGGACUUGUUCUUGCGGAUGCCUCGCAGGAAUGUGAUCUCCUGGACAACUAUGAUUGGAGCUUUGAGCGAUUGCGAGGCCGGACGCCACGAUCUAAAACUCGAUGCAAUCGCGUUCUUCGAUCGAAUGCCGCAGAGGAACAUUGUGUCGUGGACAGCCAUGGUCCAUGCCAGUGCCUCGGCGGAUCGGCUGGAAGAGGCGAGAAUUCUCUUCGAUUCAAUGCCUGCGCGCAAUCUCGUCUCUUGGAACGUCUUUCUGGCUGGAUCGAAGGACCUCUCGAUCGAGACGCUCGAGAAGAUCCCGGCCAAGGACUCUGUGACGCUCAAGACGAUCAUGAAUUGGUACUGCCAGACUGGAAGAACCGCCGACGCUAAAGCCCUCUUCGAUCGAUUGCCCGAGAGGGAUGUCAUGUCAUGGACGUGUAUGAUCCAAGUAAAUUCUUGUCAGCUCGAUCGAGCCAAGUUUGCCUUCGAUCUAAUGCCGGCAUGGAGCGUGGUCUCCAUGAAUUCCAUGGGGGCGGUGUUUGUGACCCAUGGAGAACUUGCCAAAGCAAAAAAGCACUUUGAUCUUGGACAGGAGAGGAACGUCGUGAGCUGGACCGCGAUGAUCCAAGCGUUCGAUCGAGCCGGAGAGGUGGAAGCAGCGCAGAGAGCUUUCGAUCUAAUGCCCUCCUGGGACGAGAUCUGCUGGCUGGCGAUCCUGGCCGCGAAUUCCUCGGAUCCGGAAGCGGUCCAGCGCCUGUUCUUCCGUGCGCCGGCUAGAUCCGUCCUGGCAUGGAACGCUCUCCUCUCAGCCAUCGCGCACAGCGGAGGAGCAUCGAUCGAGGAAACAAAGAGGCUCUUCGAUCUGAUGCCGGAGCACGAUGCCGGAUCGUGGAAUGUCUUGAUCGCGAUCGAGGCAGAGGAGAUCGGAUCCAGCAAAGUCUUCUUCGACUCUUCUCCGGAGAGGAACGCUCUCUCCUGGGAAGCGCUCUUGCAAGGUACGGCAAAGUACGGGGACCUCUACGGCACAAUGUCCGUACUGGAAAAGAUGCCGGCGUGGAGCCUCCUCUCGUGGAAUCUAGCCCUUGCAGCAAAUGCCCGCUCUGGGCAUGUGGCAAGCUUACGAAGAACAUUCUCUACAAUGCCGGAACGAGACACGGUAUCUUUUGGCACCGCGCUCGCGGCAUUUGCCCACAGUGGGCACGGCACAGACGGCAUCCUCCUCUUCCACGUCAUGCUCCUCGAGGGCGUGGCGCCCAGUGAUAUUUGCUUCGUCCACCUCUUGGUAGCCUGCAACCACGUCGGCCUCCUUCACGAGGGAUUGUGUGUGUUCUCGGGCAUGGCCGGCGAUCACGGGGUGGCACCCGGGCUCGAGCACUUUUGCUGCGUGGUGGACAUCCUGGGAAAGGUCGGGAGGCUGGAAUAUGCCCGCUGGCUUCUGGAGAAUAUGCCGUUCGUACCCGAUGACGUGGCGUUGGGGAGCUUGUACGGCGCGUGUGUUGUUCACGGUGACGUGGAGGGCGCCAGGGCAGCACUCGCCGCGAUGACGUGGGACUCCAACUAA